AUGGUAGAGUUAGGGCUCUGCCCACUACUUCCCGCCUCUAGCGACGAGGCUGAGUCGUCGGAUGAGGAGGCAUUCGAAGAGGCGUUUGAGGGUGUAUUCGAGGACGAGUUUGAUGAGGCUGGUGGUGGUGUGGAAGUUGAAGAACGGCCAGAGCGAGUGCCUCUUAAGGAGCCGGAAGGAGGUGGAAAUAUCGUUGUGGACGAGAAGGAUCAUGGCCUCUGCGAGCCGGUGGAUACAGAGCCUCGUAGUAGUCGAUUCGAGCCGCUGCUUGGUGAGGCACACGAGCGCGUUGUGAAGCCUGUAGCAGUAGUCGGUGGUGAUGAUGAGGACAUUCCAAAGGCGUUCUUUACUAUCCAAAUGGCCGAUAAGAAGGACUUCUGGAAGUUCGACACUUGGUGGCCAGAGCAUGCUGUUGUUAGGGAGAGUAGUAUGUCAAGUUAUCGCUUCCAGCAGAUCAAGGCGGCUCUGCAUCUCGAGGAUCCUUCGUCGACGCCGUCCGUUAGUCUGGAUGAGGUCUUGAUUAGAUUCACCGGACGCUCCUUCUACGUCGUGAACAUGCGUAGCAAACCGACACCUAUAGGAUACUACAUCCUAGCCCUCUGCGAGCGCGGCUACCUGCUCGAGAUUGCUGGUGUGGUCCGGCCGCGUGAGGUGACCAUUGCUAAGGCCCAGAAGGCAGCUAAGAAGGUGGUGGUUAAGAGGAAGAAGAAGGAUAAUUCGACGAGAAAUGAGGUCGUCGCCGCACCGGCCGCUCCCGCAGCAGCGACCCUUCUACCCCCACCUCCGCUCCUUCCUAAUCCGGACGAUUCUGUGAAUUUGACUUCCGAGCUAGCGGAUCGCUCAAAAGCAGUGGUAUGCCUCAUUUUGCAUACACUACGUGUGGCUCUCGCGCAAGGCAAGUUCUUCUAUAUAUACAUAGAUAAUCUGUUCAGCAAUGUACCGCUCUACGCUGUAUUACGUGCGUACGGUAUCGCCGCGACAGGCACUAUCAGAAACAACUCGAAGUUAUGGCCUUGGCAAGGAGCUGAGUUUAAACGCACUAAGAAGGGGGUGACUAAGCUCGUAAAGCUCGCUCGCAAAACUACCAACUUUCCCUUCGAUUUAAUCCUUUACCGACCACUUUACAACGUCUCGGCGGUGCUCUGGCAAGACCGGCAGCUUGUGCAGUUUCUCACGACUGGAUACACUAUCGACGAGCGCGUUAAUCGACUCAGAAGGAAGCCACGGCCGGUCAACGCCUUCAUUCGAGAGCACGUGCGACCACAUUGGCAAGAGGCUCGAGAGCACAAGCUAGUGCCUCUCGUGGCCGCUUACUACAACGACUACAUAGGCGGUGUCGACAUUCACGACCAGUUGAGAAGCUACUGCUCGACUUAG